UGCCGGAGGAGCCGCGGGGCCGCCACACUCGCCCCCCGCCCCCCCGCGCUCACUCGCACUCACACCCGGGCGCAGGAGGCGGGCGGCCCGGGCCCCACCGGCCCCCCAUGGACGCCCCCGGCACGGGGCGCUGAGACCCCCGCGUCGCUGCCCAGCCCGGUCCAGCGCGCCACGCCGAGGGACCUCCGGACAGGACAAGAUUCCGAAGCUACUCCCCCAGCCCAGGACCCCCCCACAGACCCGGCUUCCCCCACAACCCCACUAUCUGCCACUCCCUGGCCCCUCUCACCGCCCGCCCCCCUUGGGGCACAGGGCAUGGUGUGAAAGGCCAAGUGCUGAGGCGGGCACCAUGGGUGCUGGGCCCUAGGGCCUGGGUGGCGGGGGGUGGGCGGCCUGUGGGCGUGCCGGGGGGGCCAGUGUGCCCACCCCAGUCUCUUGGCGUGCUGGAGGGCAUCCUGGAUGGAAUUAAAGUGAAUGGAACAGAAGCCAAGCAAGGUGGAGUGUGGGUCAGACCCAGAGGAGAACAGUGCCAGGUCACCAGAUGGAAAGCGAAAAAGAAAGAACGGCCAAUGUUCCCUGAAAACCAGCAUGUCAGGGUAUAUCCCUAGUUACCUGGACAAAGACGAGCAGUGUGUCGUGUGUGGGGACAAGGCAACCGGUUAUCACUACCGCUGCAUCACUUGUGAGGGCUGCAAGGGCUUCUUUCGCCGCACAAUCCAGAAGAACCUCCACCCCACCUACUCGUGCAAAUAUGACAGCUGUUGUGUCAUUGACAAGAUCACCCGCAAUCAGUGCCAGCUGUGCCGCUUCAAGAAGUGCAUCGCUGUGGGCAUGGCCAUGGACUUGGUUCUAGAUGAUUCGAAGCGGGUGGCCAAACGCAAGCUGAUUGAGCAGAACCGGGAGCGGCGGCGGAAGGAGGAGAUGAUCCGAUCACUGCAGCAGCGACCAGAGCCCACUCCCGAAGAGUGGGACCUGAUCCACGUUGCCACGGAGGCCCAUCGCAGCACAAAUGCCCAGGGCAGCCAUUGGAAACAGAGGCGGAAAUUCCUGCCGGAUGACAUUGGCCAGUCACCCAUCGUCUCCAUGCCGGACGGAGACAAGGUGGACCUUGAGGCCUUCAGCGAGUUUACCAAGAUCAUCACCCCGGCCAUCACCCGCGUGGUGGACUUUGCCAAAAAACUGCCCAUGUUCUCUGAGCUGCCUUGCGAAGACCAGAUCAUCCUCCUGAAGGGGUGCUGCAUGGAGAUUAUGUCCCUGCGGGCGGCUGUCCGCUAUGACCCCGAGAGCGACACCCUGACACUGAGCGGGGAGAUGGCUGUCAAGCGGGAGCAGCUCAAGAAUGGCGGCCUGGGUGUCGUCUCCGAUGCCAUCUUUGAACUGGGCAAGUCACUCUCUGCCUUUAACUUGGAUGACACGGAAGUGGCUCUGCUGCAGGCUGUGCUGCUAAUGUCAACAGACCGCUCGGGCCUGCUGUGUGUGGACAAGAUCGAGAAGAGUCAGGAGGCGUACCUGCUGGCGUUCGAGCACUACGUCAACCACCGCAAACACAACAUUCCGCAUUUCUGGCCCAAGCUGCUGAUGAAGGUGACUGACCUCCGCAUGAUCGGGGCCUGCCACGCCAGCCGCUUCCUCCACAUGAAAGUCGAGUGCCCCACCGAACUCUUCCCCCCACUCUUCCUCGAGGUCUUUGAGGAUCAGGAAGUCUAAAGCCUCAGGCGGCCAGAGGGUGUGCGGAGCUGGUGGGGAGGAGCCUGGAGAGAAGGGGCAGAGCUGGGGGCUGAGGGAGACCCCCACACCUCUUCUCUCCUCCCUCUCGUCCUCGGAUAGAUUCAGCUCCCCACACACACACACACACACACCCCCCGCAUUGCCCCGUCCCUCCUCAGAACCUCCAGCCCUGGGGCAGGGCAAACAAAUGAACUUGCUAUGAAAAGGACAGUG